AAUGCGAGUUCAAGGCCAAUUACGGUGUAUGGACCCUCGCCGGUCUGGACCGCAUCAAGAGUCUCCGAUCCAAGGGCUACACAAGCGCUCAAAUAUAUAGUGCAGUUGAAGCAGCAGCUGGUAUUGCACUACCAAUGCUUGAGAGGCUUCAGUAUCUUGAAGAUGCUCCUG